CAUCUUUGCAUUUAGUUUCUCGCACUUUGUAUCGCUUUGGUUUGGACCAGUGUUUUGAUUACUAUCAUAUUCGGUGAUUUUAUGAUGAACAAUUAUCUGAUUCUGAUUCGCCUUGUAAAUGACGAUAUCACUGGAAAUUGAAGUUUAGGAAUAUUUUGUUCUCAAGUUGUUUAAGGGAAAAAAAUGGAAGGUUUGGAUAUUGAACUUUAAUUUAUAUGAUUCUGAGAAGUUUUUAGCAUUUAGUAAUUUGAAGAUUACCUUGAGAGAGUUGCUUCACUUUAUGAUAAUUGUUCUAUCAUCGAAGAAUGUAUAUUGGUUGUCAAAUGGAAAUUAGGAAGAUGAUUCUUUGCGCCUAAAAAAUAUGUUCAUUUAUGUCUGUGAGUAAUUUAUCCACUUUAUGAUAUCCUAAAAGAAUCACAUUCACACUAACUGUGAGGCAGCAGUUUUUAAAAUUUCGGUGGAUUUAGGUUUGUGCUGUCACCUUUCUGAUACUAAAACUACUAUGGGGGUUUUUAUUGAUAUAUGGGUGAGUGUAAAUAAUUGUAAGUAACCUAAGUCAUUGCUACUUAGUUUAUUGUAUUAGUCGAAGCUGUGGUUAGUAUUUAAUCAUGUUUUACAUAGUUUACCUCUCAACUUUAGGUAAGAUUAAAAUCAGGCAGAGCAUGAAAGAUUCGUAAAUGUUUGGAUUGAGUACUGCUGAAGUGACAUCAUAGCAUACAGUAAAGAGAGACUGAGAAAAAAUUCAACGGGAAUAGCUCGUGUAUCCAAAGACUUCUGAAGUACUUCACCGAGAUAGAAGAGUCUGAUUAUUGUUGAGACUUGAGAGUUGCUAUUGCUAAGUGAAGCUGAAUUUAGUGAGUAAAAGCAAGUAAAUAUGAUUUGAGCGGUUUUGAAAUCAUGCUAUAUAGUGAGUUGAGCUAGAAAGAAGAUUUUCAGACAUUUUUUUAUGUACUUCAGAAGUUUCUAUGCUGCUCCUUUUCUGCUUUCUUCUCUCCUUCCCGGUCUAUCUUUUCUAUGUUAAAGAGACUGGUAUAUCAAUUGUAGAGAGGUUGGAGUAGCUGCUUUUGACUUAAGGUCAGCGUCGUUGCAUCUUUCUCAAUAUAUUGAGACUAGCAGUUCAUAUCAGAAUACGAAGACGCUGGUGCAUUUUUAUGAUCCAAUGGUGAUCAUUGUUCCCCCAAACAAGCUGGCACCUGAGGGCAUGGUUGGAGUUUCUGAAUUGGUAGAUAGAUUUUAUGCUUCUGUCAGGAAGGUUGUAAUGGGCCGCAGUUGCUUUGAUGACACUAAGGGUGCUGUGCUGAUUAAAAAUCUAGCUGCUAAGGAACCUUCAGCACUUGGUUUAGAUACUUAUUACAAGCAAUAUUAUCUGUGCUUGGCUGCUGGUGCUGCUACUAUCAAGUGGAUUGAAGUUGAGAAAGGACUCAUCGUCACAAAUCACUCAUUAUUGGUCACUUUCAAUGGAUCUUUUGAUCAUAUGAAUAUUGAUGCUACUAGCGUCCAAAAUUUGGAGAUCAUUGAGCCAUUCCAUUCUUCAUUGUUGGGCACAAGCAAUAAGAAAAGAAGUUUGUUCCACAUGCUUAAGACUACAAAAACAAUUGGAGGGACUAGACUACUUCGUGCCAACCUUUUGCAGCCUUUAAAAGAUAUUGAAACUAUCAACGCACGUCUAGAUUGCCUGGAUGAACUGACAAGCAACGAACAGCUUUUCUUUGGACUCUCUCAGGUUCUACGUAAAUUCCCAAAAGAGACUGAUAAGGUACUUUGUCACUUCUGCUUCAAGCCAAAGAAAGUUACAAACGAAGUCUCAGGUGUUGAUUUUUCAAGAAAGAGCCAAAUUUUAAUAUCAAGUGUAAUUCUUCUGAAAACUGCUCUGGAUGCCUUGCCUUUGCUCUCGAAGGUACUUAAGGAUGCCAAGAGUUUUCUUCUCGCAAAUAUCUACAAGUCUGUCUGUGAAAAUGAGAAAUACGCUCUGAUCAGAAAGAGGAUCGGAGAGGUGAUCGAUGAAGAUGUGUUGCAUGCACGGGUUCCUUUUGUAGCUCGCACGCAGCAAUGUUUUGCAGUCAAGGCUGGAAUUGAUGGAUUUUUGGAUAUCGCCAGGAGAUCAUUUUGUGAUACUAGUGAAGCUAUUCAUAACCUUGCUAACAAGUACCGUCAAGAUUUCAAAUUGCCCAAUUUAAAACUCCCAUUUAACAGUAGGCAUGGGUUCUACUUUAGCAUUCCACAGAAAGAUAUUCAAGGAAAACUUCCCAGCCAAUUCAUUCAGGUUGUGAAACAUGGGAAUAAUAUACGUUGCUCAACUCUAGAGCUUGCUUCUCUUAAUGUUAGAAACAAGUCAGCGGCUUCAGAAUGCUUUACAAGAACAGAAAUUUGCGUUGAAGCACUAGUAGAUGCCAUAAGAGAGGAUAUUUCUGUGCUCACACUGCUUGCAGAGGUCCUAUGCUUAUUAGAUAUGAUUGUCAAUUCCUUUGCUCAUGCAAUUUCUACCAAGCCUGUUGAUCGUUAUACUAGACCAGAAUUCACAGAUGAUGGCCCAAUGGCAAUUGAUGCUGGAAGACACCCAAUACUAGAAAGCAUACACAAUGACUUUGUUCCCAAUAACAUCUUCUUAUCGGAGGCAUCAAAUAUGGUUAUAGUCAUGGGCCCAAACAUGAGUGGAAAGAGCACAUAUCUCCAGCAGCUCUGUCUUAUAGUUAUUCUUGCUCAGAUAGGUUGUUACAUUCCAGCCCGCUUCUCAACUCUCCGAGUUGUUGAUCGUAUAUUUACUAGGAUGGGUAAUGUAGAUAAUCUGGAAUCGAACUCUAGUACGUUCAUGACAGAGAUGAAAGAGACAGCUUUUGUCAUGCAAAAUGUUUCCCAAAGGAGUCUAAUUGUCAUGGAUGAACUGGGAAGGGCUACGUCUUCAAUUGAUGGAUUUGCAAUUGCAUGGAGCUGCUGCGAGUAUCUCUUGUCACUGAAAGCGUAUACAAUAUUUGCUACUCACAUGGAGAAUUUGUCAGAACUAGCAACAAUCUACCCCAAUGUGAAAAUUCUUCACUUUAAUGUUGACAUUAGAAAUAAUCGCUUAGACUUCAAGUUUGAUCUCAAAGAUGGGCCAAGACAUAUCCCGCACUAUGGUCUUCUAUUAGCAGAAGUGGCAGGCUUACCAAGCUCGGUGGUUGAAACAGCCAGGAACAUCACCUCCAGAAUAACAGAAAAGGAAGUGAAGCGAAUGGAAGUAAACUGCCAACAUUAUCAUCCAAUCCAAAUGGCUUACCAUGUAGCUCAACGUCUAAUAUGCCUAAAAUUUUCGAGCCAAGACGAGGAUUCAAUCAGACAAGCAUUGUGUAAUCUUAAAGAGAGCUAUAUCAAUGGAAAGCUUUAGAAUUAAGUAAAAGAUCUGUUGUAAUUCAAUAACCUAUCAAACCACUGUAUUCACACCGUUUUAUGUGAAAUAGGCUUGUAUAUGUGAGAGUACACUUCAUGUCUUGCAAAGUGAAAGAAUGGCCCGAAAAACGAAAUAAAAGCCUCAAGUCAGAAUAUUGUUUACGAUAUAGAAAAGAAAAA